GGUUAGUUACCGGCACGGGUUCGAACCCCACACACGCUCGCAUUCUCAACUUACACUUUUUACAAUACUUGCGGGCGCGCAGGACAGUGCACUGUGCAGUGUGACUUUAUCGAUAAAGUUUUCAAUGUUUUUGUUAAGAAACCUCUUUUGAGAUUCAAGUUUAAAAAAAGUUUUAAAAGGAUUCCAAAUUUAAAUUUAUUGGUGUUGUUCUAGAAUUAUGACUUUUUAAAUAUUAGAAUUGUUGUUUGUGAAGAACGAUUUUUACAUGCAAGUGACGUUUUUAGUGUUGCCAUUGGAUUGUAAACAACUUUUAGCGAGAUGUGGCGAUUGCUGAUGCUGUCUAUAUUAUUGCAAUUUGUCCAAUCCGUUCGGAUAAUCAACAUGCGGGUACCAGAAGUGAUACAGUACGGUACUAAAGACUCGGUCACUUUAGACUGUGACUACGUGACGGACAAUGUGACAGGUCUGGUGGUCAAAUGGUUUUUCAUGGACAAAUCUCAGCCCGUGUACCAGUGGAUACCGCCACAGAAACCCCAAGCCUUGGGUCGGUUAAAAAAUAAGCUUGAUCUCAACUACAAAGUGUCACAUAAUCCGUACACCCAGCAUCGGGCGCUGCACAUAAUGUCAUUGAGUCCAGAUCUCACUGGGAACUACACGUGCGUGGUUUCUACCUUUUUGGCGGAAGACCAGAGGACAAGGCCAAUGGCUAUAUUUGACCCAGAGAAGAAAUUCGACAUGAUAUUGGAUAGACUGGGCGAUGGAUACCUGAAUAUCAUUUGCUCAGUUGAAGGUGUAUAUCCGAAGCCUGAAUUGGUCAUAUUAGCUGGAAAUAGGCCUUUAAAUGCGAAGUCUUCGUUGAAGAUCAUUAACGACCGCUACGUGGCGUUGACCAGCGCAGUGGUGAAGAUGGAUGCCCUUCCCCCGACGGUGGAGAUCCUGUGCGACAUGCAGGUGCCACAGGCCAACUACUACAGCAGAAAACGGGAUAUAUUUUACAGGGAUCCUCCUGCAACUACACCCGAGUCACCAAAUUCAGCGCAUGUCCAGGAGCCAGAUAGUGGUACUUCGAUAAGAAGUUCUAAAGUUAUUAUUUCUAUAGCUUUAAUACUAAUAAUGUUAAAUGUACCAAUGACGUAACAUUUAGAAUACAUUUAGCUUUUAAUUAGUUUUUUAACGAAAUUGUAAAUAUUAGAAUGAAAAUUAUACAAAAUUUUAUGCUUAUCAAUAAGUAAAAAAAUAGGUAUUGUUAUUGUGGUUUAUGAGUAAUAUUUAUAAACUACAAGCAGACAGGUAUCUCAUUAGGUACUUAUGUAUUUUUGUAUGAUGUUAAAUAACAAUGAAUAUAUUUUGUAAAAUAACUCACGUAAAAGAAGAGUCAAUAUUUAUUGUUUAUGAACCAAAGACUUCUUUUUUUUAAAUAACCAAUGUUCCGUCGCCAAAAAACCUUAUUUAUUAAAAAAAAAUUGUUGCUUUAUGAUUUAAUAAAAAAGGACCACACUUUUUUGCUUUAUGAUUGAAUUAUUCGCCUUCAGUUUGUUUUAUAUAGUUCAAAGAGUUCUCCCCUUCUAGUCGGUUAAUGAGAAAUAAACAAACUUAAAAUGAAGAAUCAUUUUGUUUUAUUUAUUAAUGCUUCUUCCAUUAUUAAAUUUAUAUUUAUGAAAACAGUUGGAGCUGUGAAAGUUAAUGUUGAAGGAAUAAAUUAAG